CAGACAGCAUCUCCCAUCAAUCAAAGCUCUUGUUCUCUUCAUCAUCUUCUCCGAAUCGUCAGAAUCAUCUUGGGAUAUUAAUCACAGACACAUCAUCAAGUUCUUCGAAUCAGAUCCAAGGUCCGAGACAGAAAUGGCGGCACCAGCAAUCAUCUUGGCUACCCUUCUUGUUGCUUGCUUAACUCAAGCCUGCCAUGGCAAUGUCCUCUUCUCUUCUCUCAAGAGAACCCUCGUUGUCACUGCCACUCCUAAAGCCGGUGAAGUGUUGAAGGGGGGCGAGGAUAAGGUCACGGUGACGUGGUCCUUGAACGGGACAUACAAGGGGCAGGACUCGGAGUACAAGACCGUGAAAGUGAAGCUGUGCUACUCCCCGAUAAGCCAGAAGGACCGUGGGUGGAGAAAGACCGAGGACGAGCUCCACAAGGACAAGACCUGCCAAUUCACGAUCGUGUCCAGGCCCUACUCGGCCUCAGCCCCGAAGGGGAACUUCACUUGGACCAUCGAGAAGGACAUCCCCCAGGCCACCUACUUCAUCCGGGCCUACGCCUUGAAUGCCAAGGACGACCAGGUGGCCUACGGCCAGACCACCAACACAGGGAAGACGACCAAUCUCUUCACGGUCAAUGCCGUCACGGGCCGCCACGUGUCCCUCGACAUUGCCUCCGUCUGCUUCAGCGCCUUCUCCGUCGUGUCCCUCGCCUUCUUCUUUGCCAUCGAGAAGAGAAAGGCUAAGAAGAGCUCUCCUCCUCCUCCACAGAUGUGAAGAAGGGAAGAAAACCUCAAACAAAAGUUCCCUCCUCUCAAUCAUGAUAUGAUUUCAUGAUAUAUCAUGAGUUCCUACUAAAGCUUUGCAAGGUUUAGUGAUAUAAUCUGUUGUGUCUUAUAUUACAUGUGACGUUGUUCGACGGCUAUCUGAAUAAUGUUCCUAAUCUGCCUUAAUGUAAUGCAAUAGAGUUUACAUGUCCUCUUGUCUGGUCCACCCAAGCAAUACCAUAGACUAGAACUUCGUAUCAAAUUGACAAAAGGUUCCAAUUUAUGUGUAAGAAAUUCUACAGAGAUCGUGAUAUAUAAGAUAAUGACAGAUUCAAUCUUUCA